GGCUCCAAUAGAUAGGCACAGCUUUCAAUACCAGCCCCUCAAGAAAUUAUCCACAUACCUACACUUUUUGCAUAGUUACAUUUUACUAAAACAUGAAUUCCGAAUCCUACGAUUUCAUCAUCGCAGGCGGCGGUACGGCUGCGCUCGUAGUUGCCGCUCGUCUCUCGGAAGAUUCCAGUCAGCGCAUACUUGUGCUGGAGGCUGGAUCUGACCAUAGCGAAGAUCCCCGCGUGAAAAUUCCAGCACUCUACUCAGCUCUUCUGAAGAGUGAGGUUGACUGGGACUUCCAAACUGAAACUCAGCCAGGACUCAAUAACAGACGAAUCAACUUGAACCAAGGUAAGGCCUUAGGCGGCUCAACUGUUAUGAACGCACAGGUCUUUGCUCCACCUACCAAGAAAUUGAUCGAUUCUUGGGCCUUGCUUGGUAACGAUGGAUGGACUUGGGAAGGGCUACGUGACUAUUAUGCCAAAGCCUAUACGUCCCCACCAAGAGUACCAGAUAAUAUCAAAAAGAGCCUAGGUAUUGAUGGUUGGACGGCCAAGAACGAAUUAGGUACAGGUCCAGUCCAAGUCUCUUUCCCCGGUAACCCAUUUCAUCCUAUUCGUGAGGCCUGGGCAGCGACAUUCAAAGAUAUAGGAUACCUAAUGCCCAACGAUCCUUGGGUAGAUCCAACAGUAGGAGUCGGAGGUUUUAGUAACCUCGCGAGCAUCGAUCCAGUAAAGAGAGAAAGAAGCCACUCCGCCAGGGCGUAUUAUUACCCGGUGAAGAGUCGGAAGAGCCUUCAUGUCCUCACCAAUGCUAUCGUUGAAAAGAUUUUAUUUGAAGAGAACUCGACAAAGGUCACUGGAGUCCAAUACCGCUACGAGACUCAAACGAGAACCGCUUCCGCACGUAAAGAGGUCAUCGUUGCUGCCGGUGCCUUACAAUCACCGAAGCUACUCGAACUGUCCGGCGUUGGUAACGCUAGUCUUCUAGAGCGACAUAAUAUCAAGGUGGUCAAACAUCUGGAAGGAGUUGGAGAAAACCUCCAAGAUCACCUUGCUUGUGAUAUUGUUUUCGAGGCAGCAGAUGGCUUGGAAACGCUCGACGCUCUACAAGACCCUGAGGUGUUGGAGCAGUCUAUGCAAGAGUUCAUGGCCAACCAUACAGGCUUGGUUACAACAAACGGAAUUAAUACGUAUGCCUACAUGCCGGUGGUUAAGUAUCAAUCGGGCAAAGGACGAGAAUUCCUGAAACAGAUGCUCGAUACGAACCGACCAACGGCAGGAAACCUCUCGGACAAAACUCAAGCUCAAGCUUUGGCUUAUUAUGAUAUCGCUGAAAGUACUCUACUUGACCCAAAUGCAUCAUCAGGUGCUUACCUUACGGCGCUCGCAAACAACCCCAAGUCACCCGAUCCUACCACGGGCGAACCCGCACCCCCUGUGACUGGAGGACAUAUCGACUUCGUCGCCAUACUCGCUCAACCACUUUCCCGUGGAAGUGUUCACAUCAAAUCAAACGACUUGUCAGAUGCUCCCAUUAUUGACCCACGGUACUUAACGAACCAGGUAGAUGUUGAGGUUUUUGCAGAACAUAUGCAUUAUAUCCAAACCCUUGCCACAUCGCCGUCUUUGAACGGCAUAUUCAAACAGCCACUAAAGAUCUCCCCUUCGGAAGCCUGUUUCGCGGAUCUAGAUGCCGCGAAGAAGUACCUUCGAGCCCGCGCUUCUUCGAUGUGGCACCCCGCGGGAACAUGCGCAAUGCUUCCCGAGGACAAGGGGGGCGUUGUAGACAGCAGUCUUAAGGUGUACGGAGUAGAAAAUCUCCGUGUUGUUGACUCAAGUGUUGUGCCGCUACUUCCUCCAGGUAACCUACAGUCUACGGUGUAUGCACUUGCAGAAAAGGCAGCCGAUCUGAUAAAGAUGCAGUACGGACUGAAGGCUACUUACUAACUAGAAUAGAAAAUGUUGGCCGGCGCUAAUAAG